CAAGGCCCAUCUCAGAGCUUCUCUUCUAUGAAGCUGUUACCCUCUGCUGUUGCCUGCUGGGCCACCCAUGCUCUUACCUGCAGGCUUCUACAGAGCAGCACUUCUCUCUCUCAAUCCAGCCUCAACAGCCAAGAAGAUGGCAUUCAGCUUUACUUCCUAUAGUUCUUUUGGGGCACAGAGCACCUUUUCCUACUUUGCAAAUGAAAAUUACAGGAUGAUAAGGAAUAUGCUUUUGAAAACUACAAUCACCCCCUACCUUGAGACCUGCUGGUCCAGAGUAGUGAUAAGACAUCUGAAGCAGCCCUGACUUGCACAGCUGAUUUUUCCUCUGUCUGGAUUUCUUAAAGAGGACCGCGGCCACAAGCUAUAAAUACUUUGCCCAAACUUCGUUGCACACAUUUGAGUUGUGUGACAGAGUGCUUACUGUGUACAACUGUAUCCUGUCUCUCACUGUUUGAGCUGAGCCUUUUGUGCAGGACUUGGAGCAGUGCACUCCUGCUGGGGCCAAGGCCACCUCCCUGUUGGUGCCUGCAGAGCUGUUAGGCAGUGGCUCUUCUCUGCUGCAUGCCACACUUUGACCUGGAGUGAGCAUCAAGCUCUCUGAGCUGCAGUUUGAGGGGAAUGAGCUUUUCCCCCUUUGAAGAGCUGAUAAGCACACCCAGGCUCUUUUUCACGUCCUGCAAUACACUGAGAUCCACAUCUGGGCUCAGAGAUGGACCUCAUUGUGAGAAGCAUUGCUCUUUCUCCCUCAUCACUUACCCUGGCUGGGCAGCCUGCUUACCCCCACGGGGAGAAGGAACGUGAGCUUGAAGAAAUCCGCAAAUGUGGAAUGAAAAACUUCCGUAACAUCCAGGUUGAUGAAGCUAAUUUAUUGACUUGGCAAGGGCUUAUUGUUCCUGACAACCCUCCAUAUGAUAAGGGGGCCUUCAGAAUCGAAAUCAACUUUCCAGCAGAAUACCCAUUCAAACCACCGAAGAUUACAUUUAAAACAAAGAUCUAUCACCCCAACAUCGAUGAAAAGGGACAGGUCUGUCUGCCAGUAAUUAGUGCUGAAAACUGGAAGCCAGCAACGAAAACCGACCAAGUAAUCCAGUCUCUCAUAGCACUGGUGAAUGACCCCCAGCCUGAGCACCCGCUUCGGGCUGACCUAGCUGAAGAAUACUCUAAGGACCGUAAAAAAUUCUGUAAGAAUGCUGAAGAGUUUACAAAGAAAUAUGGGGAAAAGCGACCUGUGGACUAAAAUCUGCCACGAUUGAUUCCAGCAAGUGUGAGCAGAGACCCCGAGCAGUGCAUUCAGACACCCCGCAAAGCAGGACUCUGUGGAAAAUUGACACAGGCCACCACCUGGCGUUUGCUUGUGGCAGUUACUAACUUUCUACAGUUUUCUUAAUCAAAAGUGGUCUUAGGUAACCUGUAAAGAAAGGAUUAAAAAUUUAAGAUGUUCUAGUUCUGCUUUCUUUGUUUUAAAAAUCACUGCUUCAGUCUACUCUAAAAGAAUGGUGUUUCUUUUCUUGUCCAAAUUUAUCCAAAAUCUUCCAUUUACAUUUAGACCUUAAGGUUUAAAAUAAAAGGUUGUGGUUCCCUUUCUUCCCAUGCCCUUUCAAGGCCACUCUCUUGCAUUCAGUUUCUUUUUCAUUCAUUCACUUUGCCAGACCCAGGCCCCACCUCUGCAAGGAGAAGAGACAGCUCUGUCUGGUCUGGUGACUUCUCUUCUCCCAUGUUGCAGUGCGUGUGGGAGUUCAUUCAAGUUCUCCUGAUUCCAAUUUAUAGCAUACUUUAAAAACAAUUUUUUUAAAGCAAGCAAACCACCAUCCCCCCAAAAAAUAACUAUGAAAAGGAGGCCCACUUCUUAUGUAAAAAUCUUGCCAAUGUUAUCAUCAUAACACUGAUUAAAUGGCAACCCUGAUGUCUGUGUGUGUGACUGAACACUAGCCUGGCCUGGCCUGCCUGGGAAGACCCUGCAAUAUCAGGUCUGUGGCCACUCAGGGAGGGCCUGCCAGCCGGAGGACACUGCACUUGUGUGAGGAAUUUCUCAUCAGAGAGGCUCCUGAGGUCAAAGGUUUACGCUCCUCCCUGCAGCCAUUUUAGAAGAUGUGCUGGCCUUUACAGACAACGCUAAAGCCAGAAUGUCCAUUUGAAAUUCCACGCUCACCAGUCAGCAAGCUCCAUCCGAAUGUGCCACGGAGCCCGAUCUCCACCUCCUCAGUGCAGCAGCCCCGCCUCAGCCCUCCUUCAGCAGUUUGACCCUUUGCAGGGUUGGAAUUGGCAGGACUCAGCUAGAGCCAGAACCAGUCCGGGGUCACCGAUGCCCUGCUGGCCUCUCCCUUUGAAGCAGCCGGCCAGGCCAGCCCAGGAACAAGACGGCCUUCCCUCCCUCUGGACUCACAGCCUUUGCAGAGUCAAGCUCCACUUGAAGCCCACUGAGUAAUAUCCUCUACAUGUGUUUUAUAUUGUUUUGACUGCCUUUUUUUUGUAGAAAUAAAAAUUGACCUUAGAAUUUAUCCUCAGAUGAACUUGUAAGGAUUUGAAUGUUAAUGUCUUUUUCAAAGCAAGUGGGACUGUCCCUGAAAUAGUAGAGAAAACAUGUCACUGACACCCAGAGGAAGCUGCUGGUCCAAAUGCCAUGUGUCACCAACUCCGCUUCGGCCACUGGCAGCUUCCCUCCUGACUCUCCGGGGUAUUAGAUUCUGUGGAGAAAUGACUUAAAGAAACUUUGCUCAUUUUAGUUUUAAAACGAGAUCCUUCUAGGGCUAUGACCUCUAAGACAGCUUGGUCUUACUGCACAGAACUGGGAUGAUGUGCAGAUUAAUGUCAUUUAGUUGUCCGGGCACAUGGUCCCUGCAGUGUGUCACUGAUUCAGCUGCUUUAGUCCAAGAUACUCAAGGGGCAGGCUCUGGAGACUCCUGCCUGCUCAGGGGAGCUGGGCCAGCAUUUCCACAUCUGUCUCUUCAUUGGCAGAAAGGUGUUGAUGGACGUUAUUUCACUUACAUACAGAUUUGUAAUAAAAUGCCAAAUUCUGUCGGAAGCUAUCCAAGUAAGCACCAUCGUUGCUUCUCUGAAUCCAAAAUUAUUGCCAUUCUUGGAAACCAUCCCAUUGCUUCGUGUUUCUACCAGCAUAGUUCUGCCUGCCUGUUGUCCUUCACUUCUCUGUUCACCACAGGAGGUACCUUUUGUCAAUGCCGGCAGCACCUCAGGGGACUCUUAGCCCUGGCAUUGCACCCCAUGGUUUGUCCAGUCAGGAGAGGCCUGGCCCUGGGAAAACGAGGCCAUGGGGGGUCCUUCCCUCAUACCUGGGUGGCUUGCUCCAUCCAGCCUGCAGCAGUUCCGGGUGGUAGCUGAGCCUUAGAGCAGGCUUUGAGCACGCUGGUGCCCUGGCAGCUCUGAAAUCAAAUAAGCUGGGUCCUCUGGGCGAGGGGAGAGCUGUCACCCACUGUCCCGAGCCCACUCAGGAAUUCACACCCGCCUGAACUGAACCAAAGUGGGCCAGGUCCUCCCCCUCCUUCCUGCCCCUGCCCACCAUGGCAGAGAAUAGGCUUUCUAAAGAUGCUGCGAUCCCGUUCUGCUGCCCUUAAUAAAAAUGCUCUCCAACA